AUGGCUAAAGGAGCAUCUCAAUCCCAAUCAUCAACUUCAACAUCCUCCCGCCCCGGAGGUGGAGGCGUCGUCGCUCCCCGCGGCUCAGCUGCUGCAACCGCCGGCAUGCGCCGUCGCCGUCUCACCUCCGGAAACAGCACCGCCAGUGUCGGAGGUGGAUCCACUGGAAGCAACAACAUGCUGAGAUUCUACACGGACGAUGCACCUGGACUGAAGAUAUCGCCGACGGUGGUGUUAGUUAUGAGUCUCUGCUUCAUCGGUUUCGUCACCGCGCUUCAUGUGUUCGGGAAGCUUUAUCGGUACAAAUCUGGCGGUGGUGUAUGA